AUUUACACUUAUAUAAUAGCAAAAUCAAACAGCAAAGUAAUACAUGGCAGCAAAAUCAGAUUUGAUUAUUCAGAAGGUGGCAUUUGUACUCUUUGCUCAGUUCAGAAGUCUCUUGAAAUGCCCCACCCACAUUCCAAUGAACCUGAUCACCUCUUAUUUCACAUCAUUAGGUCCGGAGUCAAGUCAGCAACCGUUCUCUUUCCUUUACUUGGCAUUACGUGGCUGUUCGGUAUUUUAGCACUGGACACUAAGACCAUCGUGUUUCAGUACUUCUUUGCCAUUCUCAACUCUUUACAGGGAUUCUUCAUUUUCAUAUUUCACUGCCUGCUUAAUUCAGAGGUACGAAAGGCAAUGCAGCGAAAGAAAGAAAUCUGGUCCAGCCGUCGAACUUUCUUCACGCCUUCUUCGACCAUUCCUUCGUCGGCUGCUGCUGCUACAACAUCUCAUGGGGCUACGCUAUCGGACGUGAACAUGAUAUCCCACUCUGAUGGCCCCACUAACAGCCAACGCGCCGUGGAUGGUGAUAAUAUUGAAUGCAGUCCCGUGUCCGAAAAGAACGCUCCUCACGAAUCGGACAAACAAGCAGACGUCAAUCCUAGUGGCACUUGCCCAACAGCCAGAGAGCACUGUCCAACUUGGCUUUCCAAGGAACCAACCGAAGGAUCUGCAAAAAUUAAACUGCCUCCUGUGACGGUUCCAGCAAAUAAGAAAAGAAAGCAGAAACGAGUCCUAAACAAAAACCCGAAACAGAACAGAAAAGGAAAACUAACUACGGUUAUAGAACCAUUGCAAGAAGAAACUAACGAAUCGAAUGUCAACGCGUGAGAAAGAUGAUAAAACGUGAUUGUUGUUUAACAUCUACCAUUCUGCAAAACAUGAAAACCCAUUUGAAUGGCAGUGUUCCUUUCGGGGAUAAUCAUUUAAAGACAUUGUCUCUUUCACCUUUGUAUAUACCUAAAUUUUACUCUAAAACCGGUGGUGAAAUGAACUGUGACGUGUCAAUUUAUAAAUAAUACACCCUUAUUUAUGAUCCUGAAUACUGGGAAGGUUCUCCUUUUUUUUCAUCUUUUCAUUUCAUUAAACUGCCAAAGAGAGAGUGAGUUUCACCUGUACAUAAUUUAAUCCUGUCUGAACGACUUGUAAAAUGGCAGAGGAAGUCAAAAUAUUAAGAAGAGAAUACUAUUUUCUUUACGCCUAAUAAAGCAAAAGAGCUUAGUGCAAA